GCCAAGCCAGAGCGCUGCGGGCUCACAAAGCGGCCGGACGCGCGGCGGCGGCGGCUGGUGGCAGGAGCGUCGGGAAGCCAGCCAGAGAUAAGCUUUCUCUGCGACCGCGCCAAGGAGCUCGAGCAACUCGGACGCGGGGACCCGGGCCGGCCCCCCAAGAUGCCAGCGAUCGCGGUGCUCGCGGCGGCCGCCGCGGCGUGGUGCUUCCUCCAAGUCGAGAGCCGGCACCUGGACGCUUUCGCCCGAGGCGCGGGCCUCGAUAACGGCAAUUUCCUGGACAAUGACCAGUGGCUGAGCACCGUCUCUCAGUAUGACCGGGACAAAUACUGGAACCGCUUCCGAGACGAUGAUUAUUUCAGAAACUGGAAUCCCAACAAGCCCUUUGACCAAGCCCUGGACCCAUCCAAGGACCCCUGCCUGAAGGUGAAAUGCAGCCCUCACAAAGUGUGUGUGACCCAGGACUACCAGACAGCCCUGUGUGUCAGCCGCAAGCACCUGCUGCCCAGGCAAAAGAAGGGGAACGUGGCCCACAAACACUGGGUUGGACCUUCGAAUUUGGUCAAGUGCAAGCCCUGUCCUGUGGCACAGUCAGCCAUGGUCUGUGGCUCUGAUGGUCACACCUACACGUCCAAGUGCAAGUUGGAGUUCCAUGCUUGUUCUACUAGCAAAAGCCUCACCAGCCUCUGUGAUGGGCCUUGUCCGUGUCUCCCGGAGCCUGAGCCACCAAAACACAAGGCAGAAAAGAAUGCCUGCACGGACAAGGAACUGAGGAAUCUUGCCUCCCGGCUGAAAGACUGGUUUGGAGCUCUGCAUGAGGAUGCAAACAGGGUCAUCAAGCCCACCAGCUCCGACACAGCCCAAGGCAGAUUUGACACCAGCAUCCUGCCCAUCUGCAAAGACUCCCUGGGCUGGAUGUUCAAUAAGUUGGACAUGAACUAUGACCUGCUGCUUGACCACUCAGAGAUCAAUGCCAUCUACCUGGAUAAGUACGAGCCCUGUAUCAAGCCACUCUUCAACUCUUGUGACUCCUUCAAGGAUGGCAAGCUGUCUAACAACGAGUGGUGCUACUGCUUCCAGAAGCCUGGAGGUCUCCCUUGCCAGAAUGAAAUGAACAGAAUUCAGAAGCUGAGCAAGGGGAAAAGCCUGUUGGGGGCAUUCAUACCAAGGUGCAACGAGGACGGCUAUUACAAAGCCACCCAGUGCCAUGGCAGCACAGGGCAGUGCUGGUGUGUGGAUAAAUACGGGAAUGAGCUGGCUGGCUCCAGGAAACAGGGUGCUGUGAGCUGUGAAGAGGAGCAGGAAACCUCCGGGGACUUUGGCAGUGGUGGCUCCGUGGUCUUGCUGGAUGACCUAGAGGAUGAACGGGAGCUGGGACCAAAGGACAAAGGGGGGAAGCUGAGGGUGCACACCCGAGCUGUGACAGAGGACGACGAGGACGAGGAUGACGACAAAGAAGACGAGGUUGGGUACAUAUGGUAGUGCCCCCAUGAGGAAGAGGACAUACGUUUUGCUCAAUAUUGCAAGACACUUCCUGUUCCUGCAUUUGUAUCUAAGACUCCAAGGCACCAAGGUCUUCUCCACUGUUGCUCUCUGUACCCAACCUAAGGUUUGGAAGUCAACUGCUUGUCCCCAGAGCUUUCUGAUUUUGCAUACAGUUAUGUGGGAGAAAGGUGUUGUUUUGGGUUUUACUUUUUUUUUUAAAUUUUUUAUGUUUUUGACAAGAGAAUGGUUGGCUUAAUUAGAGCCUCCUUCCCUCCUGUGAGAUUUCUGCCACAAGCAUGUGAUUUAUUGGAAUUCCAGCAGUGCAGGGAGCCCCCACCCUCUGAAACGUCAAAGACCCUUUUUGAUUACCCACAUUGGUGGUUAUCACAGCAUGGUUCCCAGCCUUACGGUGUCUCAGUGCUUUUCUUGUGUCCUGUAGAUGUCGUGGAAAACACACCACACUGUACCUUUUCCUCCUGCCCCACCACCCCUGGUGUUUAUUAUUAAAAAGAUUUUUUUCCACAUCACUAUACCCGGCUGUCUACAAACAACAGCCUUAAUUCAGUCAAAGAGUCCCUUUGGGGAACUCAUCUUCUUUAUUAAAAAUUGGUGUCUGAAUGAUUCUUUCUGCAUGUGCUUACAUAUGCAUGUACAGGGGAGACCAUAUGUACAUGCAUUGCACAAACACACACCUCUGAGAAAAAGUGUCUGGUUAGCUAUUAAAAAUUCAUUGAAAAACAAUAACAAAUUUGUCAACUUGUCCAGACCUGGAACACAAUUUCUGGAAUAAGAAAAAUUUGUAUCAAAGUCCUAUUUUGCACUAACAGUCAACCCUUGUAGCCUGCAGGCUGAGGAGGUUUCUUCUCUAUGCAUUAGCAGAGUUACUGGAAGGCUCUUUGAUUUGGAUAAGCCUCCAUUUGCCUGAAUCCUUUUCCUUGCAGAAGCCAUGCAACUCCCACUUGGGCAGCUUCACAAGCCAUCCUCAUCAUUUCAGCUCAAAGCCCCCCUCAGGCUGCAGCAGCGCUGUCUGUUGCAUCUCCCUUCCCUUCCCUACCUACUCAAGGGCUUUUUCUAAGGCGUGCACACACUCACCCUGUUCUCUGAGAAGAUAAUACCAUGGUAUUCCUUAGAAGAAAAACAAUUAGGGUUCUUAAUAUUUUGCUUUCCCACCUUUCUAUCCAUGAAUUGUGAUGAGGGUACAAAAGUUGUAUAGAUUAUUUUUUUCUCACUCUCCAUCCUUUGCAAAGAGUCCCAAAUGGAGUCCUAAAAAAAAAAAUCUCACAGAAACACAUGGAUGCUAGGGCUAGGUUUUUAAGUGCUGGUCCCCCCCCUCCCGCUCCCCACAAAUGUCUGGAUAACUACUGAUGAAAGCUUUUCACCAUUGCAUUUUUCUUCCUCGUGAUUGGAGUCUAGUUCCAAAUUUGGUAGGGGCAUCAUCUGUAUAUCCUUUAGGAUUUUUCUUGCACAAGUACCAAAGAGUAGUCUUCACAAUGGCCCCAUUCCAUAAGCUCCUCUAUUGGUUUUCUACAGACCCGCUUACCCUAACCAGCCAGGGCCACAUUUCUCUGGUCUUUCACAUGAGCUUCAACCAAGCCACAAGACAACCACAUCAACUCAGGCGCAAAAAGCAUAUUUGGCCAAAUCAUGCUCACUGUGUGGCUGGCCAGCCCUCAACCCCAAAUUGACUAUUUGGUAUGUAGUAACCUACUAAAAUUAGCAUUUUCCAAUCCUUGCGAUAGACUGGACAAAGUGGCAUUCUCCUCUGAGUUGGUCUCAGAUGGAAAAUGAAUAUACUUAGUGUUGCUAACUCCUUUGGCUUGGAAGAUACAAAUUACAGCCAGGAUCCUGAGGAUCUGUGUAUAUUCUCCCCAAGUAGAGACCAUAGGCAAGCUCUGCACUGGGAUCUCAACUCCAUCGCCUCUGUUUCCAUAUUUUUUUCUCAGACAAAACUCUGAGAGCAUAGUUUAGAAGACGGGUGUUUAAUUGCCGCUAAAUUACAAUAGAGUACAUUAAAAAUCAAGACAUAUUAAAGAAUCUCAGGUUAGACCAUCAAAGAAAACCAUUGUUACUAUUUCCUCAGGCUUGGAAAAAUGCACAAGAGAACAAAUUAAAAUUGACAAAUUGAUUUCACUUAGAGAAACCUCUGUGAUCAGAGUGAACCACUGAUUUUAAUUUGCCUAAUUAUCUUAUGACAAGUAUCAAAUUAAGAUGACACUUAAAGAUCCUUAGCAUUAACUUAAUGAUGGAGAAGAGUGCUCUGUAGGCAAUUCCCAGGAAGGUAAUGAGAUGCCAUUUUCACAGAUAUUCCAAGAAGAUGUUUUGAUUCAUUAAAAUAUUAAAUAAAAAGCCCUCGUAAGACUGGACCCCAAACCAAUGAAGCAACAUUAACAAUGCUUUUCAUGCCUUACUUUAGCAUGUCGGCAUUAGGUUUUUUAGUGAUCUUUAGUAUUUUCCACAAGUCCUUUAGAUUUUGAGAUUUUGAGUUACCCAAUCCUUAGAAGUCAAAUUUUUGUUUUUUUCAAAUGGGUCCUUUAGUUACAGUGACCAAGUAUAUCUAAGAGAUUGAUUUUAAAAAAAUAAAAUAAAAUUAUUGAUAAUCCAGUCCCUUUUUGAGACAGAUGUUGAGUUGGAUUCUCACUCAUUUUGGGAAAAUCUGUAGAGAGAAUAGUUUCAUUCUUAUUUUAUAAAUAGUUCUUUACUUAAUUCCAUUACUGUGGCAGCCAGUUUGAGCCUCAGAAUCUUCUUCCACUAUGGUUAGUUGUCUGCCAUGUAAAUGUCUUUUUGUUUCUAGAAAUAUUUUCUAGGCAUAGGAAUACCUUAAUACUGGAUUUGAGGGGUUUAUCAGUUUCUCCUCCUUUAUGCCCCUUUCCCUCCCCCCCCCCCCCGCCCAGCAACAAGUGACCACAUGUGUCUCCAGGUCUGCCCUCUGCUCUUCCCAGGAUGCCAUACACAUUUGGUUUCAGUUCCGCUUUAUCUUGACCACACUGCACAGCAACAUCCAAGAGCCCUUUCUACAGUGGGUGGUUUUGGUCUUUUUAUACCUUUUUCUCAAAGUCACUGAUGUUUGUCCCUGUUAAAUGUGUAGCGUUGUAACAAGAGCCCAUCAAAUCCAAAGUGUCAGUUUGUUGUCCCUAUUGUAGAUGAAAUGGUGAUGUAGAAAAACUAGUAUUCUGAAUGCUUUUCCACGUAGACUUAUCUGGAAUGUGAACACAACUCUUUGGUUAAGAGCAAAUGCUUAACUGUAGUCCUGAGUAGGUGCAUUUCUGUCCGUCUCAAUAAAUUUUACUUUGUCUGCAA